AAUGUGCAGCCAUAUCUCCGCUCGGCUAUGCCCUCUUCCUCGUACGUGCGCGAGACAAACAAGCUGGGAUGGGCGCAGCAGGUGUGCUUUUCAUUGUGUGGAUGCGAGGGCAUACUCCCGUCGGGCUAGUCGAAACGCGUAUAUGGAUUACGGUACGCGCCGACACUCGACGUUGAUCCAUCUUCGUAGGUAUGUAUACAUUGCGGUAUCGAGGACUGCUCCGGGAUCAAACGCAAUGCAAACCCUAUGCAACUUCAUUCCCAGUUCUUAAGCUUCGCCGAAAAACUUGGCCUCGAAUAUGCUUGAGCGUUAUCGCAAAAAUUCUCUUGCCACAAACACGUGACGCGCGACAUUUUUCAAAUUUCGCGCCGCUCCCGUCGGAUCUUGCGGACGACUCUAUACUAUAUCUAUAUCUAUGCAUCAUCUGAUACAACAAAUAAGUCGACAAGAGUGGGGGUUGUGCAGCAGGAGCUUGCGUAAAAGUGUCUGCAGUACUAUACGACAGCCCUCCUAUAGGUUAGGUUAUCUUGAAAUAUGAAUAAUCUUGACCUUGGGCACAGAAUUUGCUGCAAUUAACGAAAUUACAGAGUGAGCCUAAGUAUUUCCAAACUUGUCAGCAUGCUCACCUACCUGACUGGAACCUGAUCGAGAAGAGGAAGAGAAUCACCCAAAAUCUAGCCUCUCCUGACUCUUCAAAAUUACUACUUAUGUUUUGAUCGUUCAAUAACCAUGAUUGCGAACAGCUCCAAACGAAUUUUCAAUUCCGUAUGCGAAUUAAGGCUGUGCUUUUCAUCAAAGGCUAAAGCUCCAACUCACUAUGAAACGCUGAAAGUAGCCCAAAACAGUACACAAGAUGACAUAAAAUCAGCCUAUUACAAACUCUCAAAGAAAUUUCAUCCUGACGUUAACAAAUCUGCGGAUGCGAAGAAAAACUUUCAAGAUCUCUCCGAUGCCUACGAGGUAUUGGGAAAUUUCAGUAAACGCAAACUGUACGACCGUGACCUCUUGGCCAGAGGUGCUAGCACCAGUUUUGGCUUGAGAAAGGCACAAACGCAAUCGCAACCGUACACAGAAAAGAGGGAAGAUCCAUUAGCUGGAUUUUACAAGGCACGACAAAAAGAUUAUGAUCCAGACAGAGAAAGAGCUACCAAUCGAGCAAAAUUUGAUUUUGAUCAAUGGACACGUACGCACUACGGCAACACAUUCAGGCGUUCCUUGAAGGAUAAAGAAAGCAGACUUUUGAGGGAGGAACUCAAUCGUCAGUAUGCUAAAGAAGUGGAAAAGGAUAAGGCUAACGUAUUGACAAUUUUAUCCACAGCGGUCUUAGUUUUGAUCGCUCUAUCAUUUCAAGCACAUUACGAAAAGACCGUUUAUGAUCGGAACUUGUUAGCCAACAGAAAGAAUUGAUGUCUAGCGUUUAAAACUAAGUUCAUUAUUAGACAUAUUAUUUAUUAAAAAGCUCUUAUGUUUAUUUUGUAAAUACUAAUGAGCCUUGUUAUUGUACAGAAGAAAUAAAAAUAUUUUAAUCUUAAAUCUUAAAUCUUAAACGAGUACGUGAAGAUUUUCACAGUGACAGUUAGUCUUGUAUUUUUAAAUUACAAUGAUUUUGUUUACUUUUACACGCUGAUCUGAUAGUAUUUUAACAGUUAAUAAUAAUAAUUGCUUUUUUACAGAGUUUGCUAUUCGCUACAAGAAAACAAUAUAAAAGUACAUUAAAUUAAACGUAAUUUUCAGAAUAUUAACUGACGUGAAAUAUUUCAGUAUCACUGUACAUUUUGUUCAAAAUAAACACAUUUCAACUUAAUAAUAUAAGGCCCGCGAAUCUGUGUAAAUUUUUCAGAUUGGCAAGCGUAUCCACAAAAGUUGAAUAGAUAGACAAACGCGUACUGAUUAACUAAAAUGGCUUCAAAAUUGGAGGCACUGGCAUAGGCAUAGACAAUGGUCCAGUUGGGUAUGGAACAGAUGGCAUUCCUGGGAAAUUUCCAGCUAUUGGAUAUCCAGGAUUUGUGGAAGAAUGUACUGAUGGUCUUCUCAUCAGCUCUCUCAUUUUAUCAACUUUUACCUUUCUCAUGUGCAUGAUCUUGCGCCGCGUGAGAAAUUGUUCCAAAAAUUCAUCAACCUCCAAGUCUCCGCUCAGAAACUUUUCUGCUACUUUCUGAAAUUACAGAUUUAUGCUAUAAUUUGUUGUCUGCUUCUAUAAAGCAAUACUUAAUCAUGUAUAUUGCAAACCUCCGACUCUUCUUCAAUUUCUGCAGCUGCAGCUUGUAAAAGAUCCAGUGCAGUGUCGACUGUCAUUGUCCCAGCUUUGUUUGCUGCAAAAAAAUAAAGAAUAAAGAUAUACCAUACAAGUUA